AUACACGGUCAUUUCUUUUCGCAGAAAUACAUUUGUUUUGGUCUUUUCGGCUCGUAUCCCUCCUGUUCAGCAAAAUGGUGGGUGAAAUGUCAGUAGGCCUCAAUAAAGGCCACAAAGUAACAAAAAAUACCCUGAAGCCAAAAGUGUCCAGAAGGAAAGGACAUUUAAACAAACGAGUCAAAUUCAUUCGUGAUGUAGUUCAAGAAGUCUGUGGUUUUGCACCUUACGAGAAACGUGUUCUUGAGUUGAUAAAAAUUAACAAAGAUAAACGUGCAUUGAAAUUUGUUAAAAAGAGGCUUGGAACUCACAUUCGUGGAAAGCAGAAGCGAGAUAAUCUUGUUAAAAUACAGAAACAAAUGAGGCAGAAGAAGAAGGAAUAAAAAUAUUUCUUAAUGUUAGAAA